GGCUACUGUAGUGGCCAAGGUGCUGGAUAGCUUGCUUGACAACCGCUUGGGGAAUAUCGAUCUGCAUGAUAAUCAGUUCGGGUUUAGACAGGGUCUUUCCACUGAGAGUGCAAUCCUAUGCCUCAAGCAGACUGUUCAGUACUACACGGUUAGAAAAACGCCGGUAUAUGCCUGUUUCUUGGACCUGUCGAAGGCGUUUGACCUGGUAUCAUAUGAUCUCCUAUGGAAUAAAUUAGAAAAUGAAUCUGAUUUGCCUUCAGAGAUCAUAUCCGUUUUUAAGUAUUGGUACGGUAAUCAGAUGAACACUGUCAAGUGGGCAGGCGCGCGGUCGGACGUAUAUAGGUUGGAGUGCGGGGUGAGGCAGGGGGGGUUGACCUCGCCCAAGCUCUUCAACCUGUAUAUGAACCGGCUGAUCGGUGAGCUCAACAGUACCGGAAUCGGAUGCCAUGUCGAUGGUAUGUGCAUUAAUAACAUUAGUUACGCGGAUGACAUGGUGCUUUUGAGUCCAUCGAUAAGUGCUUUGCGCAGACUGCUAGGCAUAUGCGAAGGAUAUGCGGCGUCCCAUGGGCUCAGGUACAAUUCCAAAAAAAGCGAAUUGAUGGUCUUCAGGGCCGGUACUAGGACUUAUUCGAACGUGCCUCCUGUAAGACUGUGCGGGAGUCCAUUGGUUCAAGUUGAACGUUUUAAGUACCUGGGCCACUGGGUUACCGAGACUCAAUGUGACAACUCGGACAUUGAGAGGGAGCGUAGGGCGCUGGCUGUCCGAUGCAACAUGUUGGCACGCAGAUUUGCACGUUGUGGCAAGCAGGUUAAGGCGAUGCUUUUCAAAGCUUACUGCCAAUCUUUCUACACGUGCAGCCUGUGGGUCAACUAUACGCGGAAGGCGUACAGCGCGCUACGUGUGCAGUACAAUGAUGCGCUCAGGAUACUGUUUGGACUUCCGCGAUUCUGUAGCGCUUCUCUCAUGUUUGCUGAAGCGAGGAUAGACUGCUUCUAUACAAUAAUGAGGAAGAGAGGCGCCUCGACCCUAAAUCGAAUGUGUAAGAGUUCGAACAGUAUCCUGAGUGUGCUGAUCGGCAGGUGGGACGCGCCUAUGUUCGCGCGGUGGAUGCGAUUGCACACAUCUGGCAAUCGUUAACUUAGUUUGUGUUUUCUACUAACAAUAGGUUAAGACUGCAUUUUUACUAACAACUAUGGAUUGUA